UCAGCUGUGUCCAAUCACAGCUGAUCACAUGUAAACAGGGAAAUGCCGGCUGUCACGCUGACAGAGGAGAGGAGAGCCGGUAAUCGGUAUUCCGCGGAGGGGACAGGUACACUGAUCAUCAGGGCACUGAUGAUCAGUGUCCCCUGAUGAUCAGUGUGGCCCCAGAAGUGCCACCUGUCAGUGUCCAUCAGUUCCAUCUGUCAGUGCUGAACAGUGCCACCUGUCAGUGUCCAUCAGUGCCGCAUCAAUGCCACAUAUCAGUGCCUACCAGUGCACAUAAGUGCCCAUCUGAGCUUCCUUUCAGUGUCACCCAUCAGUGCCAGUUAGUGCCACCUAUCAAUGCCAAUCAGUGCCACCUAUCAGUGCUGCCAAUCAGUGCCGCCUAUCAGUGCCAGUCAGUGCCGCCUAUC